AAACACUAAUCCGUUUACACAAACUGAGGAAUAAUUAAGAAGUUUACACGAUAUAAUUUCAAAUUUAUCUUGAAGACAAUCGAUUAUUCUGAAAAUUUGAUAAAAAGAGUUUAAAUCGAUGUGAAGUUGGUAUUUCGAAAUCUGAAAAUUACAACAUUCACUACAGCAAUUUAGGAAUGAGGAAGUUUUGGACAUAAGCCAUUUUCCUUUGGGUUCAUUGAUAAAGCACUCAAGGUAUCAUCCCAUUUAAAGGAUUGAUAUAGGAAAAACCCAGGUAUUGCGUACAUCGGGUGCAUACAUGCAUCGUAGCAACGAUAAGACUACAAAGAGUUCUAUAUGACCGAUACUAAAAUGAUUUUUUUUUAAUUUAAUCUUUCGGGUUUUUUUGGGCAAACACGCAAUUUCGGUUCAGAGUGGUUAAUACAUUUAACAUUUAUGAAAAAUAGGGGAAUGGUAAACAUAUACGAUUAAAUUUAAUUCUACAUAUCUUUAUGAGAUACUAAUUUUUGAUUUCCAAAAAUAUUAGGAAACUUUCACGUGAUUUGAAAAAAACUCCGCUUUAACUGUAUCAGAUUACCGAAGAUUAAAUUUGUGGUCCGUUUAGAACGGUAGGCGGUGUGUUCCGACCAAUAGCUUUCGCCAAAAAUCCACUGUAUUUGUUUUAAAGGCGGUACUUUAGGAAAAUCUUUGAAAGAAUAAGUUUUAUAACUCUUGGCAUUUGAUUGUUGAAGGUGUUUCUGAUAGGUAUUAGCAAUGCGUCCUGAGCUAAUAUCUUUGAUCUUAGCCGCACUAACUUUUGCAAAUUUCACUAAAAUAAUUUUCGCGAAUGAAUACGCUGUUAAAGCUGAAUCUAAACAACACGUGAUCGACUUUUGCAGUCAUGCAGGAUGCAGUUUUGUCAAACAAGUGACAAGUAAUUACUUUUUGAUAAAAUGUCCAUCUCCAAGGCUUCGGUCAAAAUCCGGAGCCAGCAAAGGAAAUGACACGAUUCAAGACACGGCGAACAAGUUCCAAGACACGAUAAAGAAAGUAGAGUUCCAAAAGUUACAUAAAAACUAUCCAAGAACUAGUGACUCCAAAUGGACUGAAAUGUGGAACCUGAACGGCCAAGUGCUGCCCUCCAUGAAGGUCAAAGAAGCGUGGUCCAUGGGUCGCUCUGGGUCCGGCGUUACCGUGGCUGUUGUUGAUGAUGGCGUUCAGUUAAAUCACCCUGACCUGAGAAAAAACAUUGAUUCUGCGAACAGUUACGAUUACUAUAAUGUUGAUUCGAACCCCACACCAAGAUCCGUUAAUGAAAGUCAUGGAACUAUGGUCACCGGACUAUUAGCUGCAGAGGCGAAUAACAGUCAGUGUAUUGUAGGUGUCGCUCAUCAAUCGACGGUCAUCGGAAUCAAACUACUUGGUGAUUUGGGAGUCACCGAUGUUACAGAAGCAUUAUCCUUGAAACAUAACCUGGCAAAUGUUGACAUUUACACAAACAGCUGGGGUCCUUCUGAUGGAUUUGGAUACGCUGGACCGGGCUCCGUCACUCAAAGUGCUUUCUACGAUGGCGUCACAAAGGGAAGGGAUGGAAAAGGUUCCAUCUACGUAUGGGCUGCUGGUAAUGGAGGAUUACGUGAUAAUUGCAAUGCCGAUGGUUACGUCAAUAGUAUUUAUACCAUACCCAUCACCAGUGUGGACGCCGACGGCAGGGCGGCAGAUUAUGCCGAAGUCUGUGCCCCAGUAUUUGCCGCAACAUACUCCGGAAAUAAACGAAAAAACUUGACGUCAACAUCCUUGUCUUCUUCUUGUGUUACUGGGUUGCGAGGGACAUCGUUUUCAACUCCACUGGCAGCUGGGAUGAUUGCCCUUGCACUGCAAACAAACCCAUCUUUGACUUGGCGUGAUGUUCAGCAUCUAGUUGUUGAAACCAGCAAAAGACACGAUCUUCAAGACGAUUUCUCUAAUUGGCAACUCAAUGGUGCCGGGUUCUACGUAAGUCAGGUUCUUGGUUUUGGAUUAAUGGACGCGGAAGCAUUAGUAACCAGAGCAAAAACUUGGGUUUCUGUUCCAGAACAAAUUUCCUGUUCUAGUUCUGAAUUUUACGUGGCUCAAUCAACAAAUUUAUAUAUGCCUGAAGUGUGGAGCAGGAGACGAAUAAAAGGUGGAGAAGAAUGUGAAAUAAACAGUCUCGAACAUGUGGAGGUCAAGGUAUCUUUUUCCUAUUCAAGCAGGAGGGGGAAUUUGAUUUUGCUUUUGGAAUCUCCUGCCGGGACUAAAUCGUAUCUUAUGACCCACAGACCCUGGGACUCAAUCAAGUACUCUGAUCCUGGGUCUGGAUUCUGGUAUUUCUCAUCUGUGCAUUUUUGGGGAGAAAAAAUUGACGGAACAUGGAAACUGACAGCAAAAACCGACGACGAAUACUCCACUAAAGUGACACUAAAUUAUUGGAAAAUAAACUUUUACGGAUUUAAAAGAGCAGGGAACAGUAGCCCAGGUUUAAAGACUCCGGAAAUAAUACUCACAAUCUUGGGGGCCUUUGUAACUUUCAUCAAAACUGUACAUUGGUAACUAUACAUUGUACAUUCCUACUUGCUCAGAAAAGUCAGCAGUGGAUCUUUUUUAACCGUCAGUGCCAAUUUGUAUAAACAAGCGAGGGUGUUGAUAUGUGUAAAGUAACAUUUGUAAAAAAACUUUGUGGUGGUUAUUCCUUUUUCAAAUAAUUUUGUUUUCUGUACAUUGACAAAUCCGGAUCGAUUGUGUAAAAAUCAUAUCAAAUAAGCUUUUAAUUUUAAACAUAAAAUAUCAACCUUGAGAGGCAAUAUCAAUUCAAUAUUCAAUUGUAAAACGCUGUCAACAAAUCAAACAAACGUAGUUACACUAAACUACAGGUGCAUAUUUAUAGUAUGGUCAUUGUAUGUUCAAAUUAUAUAUUUAUUUCUACAUAUUUUAAUUAUUAGUUAUGUAUAUCGCAUUUAAGAUAUUUUUUUUUAUUUUACAUUAUUUUUAUUCAUAAUGUUUUAAUAACUCGUUAUGUAAUUUGUGCUGUUUGUAUGUUAAAUAGGUCUCAAAAGAUCGAACUUAUCAUGAUUUUCACUGUAUGAACUGUAGACUCAAAUUGUUUUAGCAGAUAAUGCUGAGAAUUUGAAUAAGUUGAACUCCAUAGACUGGGUGUGAACGUUUUAUAUUGCUUCUUUUUUGCUGUCCCAGAAACCUUUUUUUUUAAUUCUCAAAAAAAUGUUAAAACAGAACCUCAGAUUGAUUUGUAAUUGGUAUCGACAUGUAUGUAUUUAAUAAAACAUUAUCUAUUGUUGAUUAAAUAUAAUAACUACAACGAGUAUUUACUCUU